GCGCUCUGGUUGCGCUUCAUCAGUGAAGAUAGAAAAAAGCCGCAUAUGCGAGGGAAUGAACGCAAACUUUGAGGGCUUCGCACGCGCGUAUGACUGGUAACAUUUAACCUUUUAACGAGCGUUUAAUGUUCGUGUAGAAUGACAGUCAGAUAGUAUGGAAAACCAUUAACAGAAGUUUUGCGAGCUUCGAGGAAACUCUGGUAAUUCGGAGGCUGGACAUGACUGCAGAUGGUCAAAUCGUCUCUAAGUUUACUCUGGUAAAACUGGAGAAUGGAAAUAAAAACCACGGGUCAGUUAAACAGGGGCUCCUGGAUGGAUGUGUGCCUUUCUCUCAUCAGGUGGCCGGACAUAAAUGCGGGAUCAAUAACACUGGUGUUUUGAAGCAUCCUGAUGGAACAAUCCUGAAACAGCUCCAGCCUCCUCCGAGAGGCCCAAGAGAAAUGCACUUCUACACACAGGUAUAUGCUAAAGACUGCACAGACACAAGGCUACUAGAGCUUCAGCAAUAUCUCCCUAAGUUUUACGGCACAUGGGCACCACGAGAGUCACCACAUGAGCUGUAUCUGAAGCUAGAGGAUGUGACGACGAGGUUCUUGCGGCCCUGCAUCAUGGAUGUGAAGAUCGGAAGGAGAAGCUACGAUCCAUUUGCGUCAAAAGAAAAGCGUGAAGAGCAGAUCAACAAGUAUCCUCUAAUGGAAGAGAUCGGGUUCCUGUUACUGGGCAUGAGGGUGAGACAACGUUUGUGUACCAAUCAUUCGGACAGUUACAUUACGCAUGACCAGUUCUAUGGGCGCAGUCUGGGAAAGGACACCAUUAAAAAUGGCCUGACCAGAUUCUUCCACAAUGGCCAAGAUUUACGACGACGUGCGAUUUCCCUGAUCAUCUCUAAAAUCCGACGCAUCCUCCGCUGGUUUGAGACUCAGACUCAGCUGCACUUCUACGCCAGUUCUCUGUUACUGGUGUAUGAAGGCUCUUCUCACACACUCGACGAACAGAAACACAAGCAAACACAGCAUCAGCCGCAGAACAACUCCAGCUCCCAUCAGAGCCGCUCAACACACACACCGAACACUAACGGGACACUGGGAGGAGCAGGAGGAGACGACGACGGGGAUGUUGGGAUUGAGGAUAAGAAGCAGUUUGGACAGGAGGAGGCAGUGGAGGUGAGGAUGAUUGAUUUCGCUCAUGUGUUUCCCAGUGACACUGCGGAUCAGAGCUACAUGUAUGGACUGAGGAACCUUCUUGCUGCUUUAGAACUAAUUUUGAAGGAAUGAUAUCUGUCCUGCUCAGAGACUACAGUCGAUCUCGUUCUCUCUCUCUCGAUUCAAUUCAAUUCACUUUACUGGCAUGACAUACAGUUGAAGUCAGAAUUAUUAGCCCCCCUAAAUUAUUAACCCCACUGUUUAUUUUUCCCCCAAUUUCUGUUUAACAAUUUUUUUUCAACUCAUUUCUAAACAUAAUAGUUUUAAUAAGUCAUUUAAUAGCUGAUUUUUUUAAAUCUUUGCCAUGAUGACAGUAAAUAAUAUUUGACUAGAUAUUUUUAAGACACUUCUAUACACCUUAAAGUGACAUUUAAAGGCUUAACUAGGUUAAUUAGAUUAACUAGGCAGGUUAGGGUAAUUAGGCAAGUUAUUGUAAAAUGAUAGUUUGUUCUGUAGACUAUCGAAAAAAUAUAGCUUAAAGGAGCUAAGAAUUUUGACCUUAAAAUGGCUUUUAAAAAAUUAAAAACUGCUUUUAUUCUAUAGCCGAAAUAAAACAAAUAAAGACUUUCUCCAGAAGAAAAAAUAUUAUCAGACACACUGUGAAAAUUUACUUGCUCUGUUAAACAUCAUUUGGGAAAUAUAAAAAAAAAAAAAAAAAUCAAAGGGGCUAAUAAUUCUGACUUUAACUGUACAUAUAAACAAUUGUUAAUAACAAUUAAAUUAAACUAAAUACAAAUGAAAAACUGGAUUUUGUUUUCUUGAACCUUUGAAAUAUGGAGUUUACUGUAUAAUAAAGAUUGGCUGCAAAGGUGAGAAUAAUUGACUAAAAAUGAUAUGUAGCUCAGGGAAAAUGAUCAUUUUUCGGAGCUGUUAAAAUGCACUUGCACAGAGUUAUUGACAUCUCCUAAUGAUUGCAUUUCUGCUGAAAAUAAUUUUUUUUUAUUUUAAAAAUGAGAAUCUAGUUAUUACGCUUUUAUUUGUUGUUAUUUUAACAAUUUGUUUACCAGUGUUGUCCAUUUCCUUGCUGCCAAAAAAUUUGAAUUUGAAGUGUGAAUUUGAUAAUGUAUGGGUGUUUUCCAGUACUGGGUUGUGGCUGGAAGAGCAUCCACUGCAUAAAGCAUAUGCUGGAAUAGUUGGCGGUUCAUUCCGCUGUGACCACCUCUGAAAUAGAGACUAAGCCAAAGGAAAAUGAAUGAAUUAAUGAAUGUAUUAAAACAAUGUAUGAAAUCUUGGAAAUGUAUGAAAGCAAUUUAUUACAUUAUUAUUGAUCUUAGAAUGUUUAUUGUUUAAUAUUAUAAGCCAUUUCUCAAAGAACUUGAUGAUUGUUUUUCAAAUAAAGUUGAUAUGAUACCAUAAAUGCCAUUCAUUUUUUAUCUUCUGCUUAAAAAGCGAUUAGAUUCAGUGCUGAAUGGCAGUGAUUGUUUGUUUUUUAAAUCAU